GUGUCCCACCUGCAGGCUGUGUGUGAGAGUAACAGUGUGUGUGUAUCUCAGCUGCAGCAGAGCCAGGAAGGCGUGUUAGUGCGAAUAGAGGAGACAGUGAAACAGAGAGAAGAGGCCUGGACGGCACAGAGACAUGAAAUGGACCAGCAACACACACACACUGUUACACUGCUGCAGGGGAAGAUACAGAUGUACGGUGCUCAGCUUGAGGAGGCCCGUCAGAGACUAUCCUCACUAGAGAAAGAACGCAGCCAGCUAACCAAUGACCUCGCCGUGCUCCAGAAAACCCUAACCCAGUCUGACCUCCAGGGAUCAACCCUGCUCUCAGCCUGCACCCUACUGGCUGGGGCGCUCACACACCUCACACACGUCACACACACACUCCGGACACAGAAAACUGUCCUCGCACGCCGCUUGGCGGAGCGAGAGGGCCUAGAGAUGGAGGUUAGAACGCUAGUACAAGCUCUGGGGGAGGGAAGAGGAGAGGGUGAUGAGGAGAGGAAGAGAGGAGGGGUGAGGAGGUGGAGAAGGUGUGUGGUGUGUGUGAUAGCUGUGAACAGGUUGUGUGUGUUGGGACGGAGGAGCAGGCUGGUGUUUAGGGUGGGUGGGCAGAGGUACCCCUCUAUAGGAGUGAGUGUUUCAGUCUUCCCUCUGGAGGAGAGAGACAUGGACUCAACAGCGCCAUCUAAAGGUGAAGAGGACAAUGCUGAUGAAGGCAGAGGAGGACUGUGUGUGAGGUGGCUCCGUAGUAAAGACAUCUCCUCCUUCAUCAUGUCUUCCAUGGCUGAACUACAGGAGGCCUUAAAACACACAGUUUCUUCCUCUCCGGUAGUAUUGUCUGCCGCUCGUAACAGUCUAUCCCGCCUCCUGGACCACCUCCUCACCCCCUCAGACCAAGGGUCCCAUCUCACACCCUAUGGCGUGAACAAGGGUACUCUGGUUAGUAGGCUGGGACAGGGCCUACACCGACUCACGGCCAAACAGAUGAGCAAUAAGUGUCUGGUGGUUUCGCUGCAGCAACACUUCCUGGUUUUCACCCACCGGCUGCACUCCGCUGAGGUGGAGAGGCGGAGCCUGAGGUUAGAGGUUGCACGCCUCAAACGUGUCACCAAGAACGACCGAGGACCGUGCCACCUGGUGCCAGCAGAGCGGUUUGGCAGUGUGUGUGAGGAGUUGAGACAGGCCUUACAGAGAGAGGAACAGGCUCAGAGUCUACUGAGAGAACAGUCUGACCAGCUACACACACUGGGGUUACGCAUGGACACACAUUGUGGAGAAGAGAGAGAGAGAGAACACACACUCUCACAGGCUGUACAGAGUCUGUCGGACUCUCGUCAGGAGGUGCGUCAGAAGGAGCAGUCUCUAAGGGUUCUGGGUAAACACCUGUCGGGCCUACAGCAGGAGAAGAAGAGUCUGGAGGAGAGUGUCAAACAAGCAGAGGAUGCACUACGCAUGGCAGCCAAGCGUAAGGACUCCCUGGCCAGCUACAUGAGAGCAGUAGAGAGCAGCUACAGAGAGGUCAGAGACCGUAUCGUCCAAUCACGAUCCAACUCCACUAACGAGGACCUCCCUCUGCAGUUACCAAGAGUGCACCUGGAUCUGACAGGACCAGAGAGGUUGCUGGGAGGGCCGGACGUGGCCGCCUGUCAGACCCUGGUGGGGACGUUCUCUGAGUUAUACCACGCAGCGUUCUCCAGGAUUGGCUCGAUGGAGAGGGAAAUCUCCGCCCACCAAAGCCAUGUCUCCGCCCUCCGGAAAGAACUACAAGAUGCCUGUCUCAGAGAGGACGUCUGUUUCAUCCCUGUGUGCGAUUCUCAAUCGUCAAUGACCCCACACCCAGACGACCUCUGUCAACUUCUCGUUGACCCUGAAGCCCCUCCCACAGGCAAACCCAACCCUUCCCCCUCCCUCGCACCCUCCCUCCCCCUGUCAGACCCCCCUAAAAAGACUAAGGGCAGUAAGAAGGCCCCCAAGAAGACUCGUUCUGUACCGUCCAAGGCUCCGUCCGGAAGAUAGACCACAGAAUCACUGUUGUGUGUUACAGUGUAUCUGUGCUACGUCUCAAGCAGCUUCCUGUUUCCUGUUUCCUGUUGACCUGUUGUCCUGUUGUUACACAACAAACAGCUUCCUGUUGACCGGAGACCCGAUGGGUUCCCUUUUGGGAGAACGACCCGUCAAUAUAAACACUACAGAUUCCUUCUAUAUUGUGUAUAUCUGUCCUUUUUAUGAAGCGUUUUGUUACUGUCAUUAAGAGUAUGAAGUAGACAUUUAUUUUAGCUGAAACAAAUGACCUGUAAUCAGUAAACCUUUUGUUACCUGGAAAA